CCUAUAAAACCAACACCUUCUUCAUUAUCUUUCUUCAAAAAUCUCUCUCCAACCUCUCUCUGUCUCUCUAUCAACCCUUCUCCCUUAUUCUCUCUCUAGAUUUCAGCAGAAAAUAAAAGAAUUUUGUUAAUAAAAAUGGAAAAAAAAUCGAUGAGUUCUUCGCCGGACGUCGAAGUUAGAAAAGGGCCGUGGACAAUGGAAGAAGACUUGAUUCUUAUAAACUAUAUCGCAAAUCAUGGUGAAGGGGUUUGGAACUCUCUUGCUAGAUCUGCAGGUCUUAAAAGAACUGGAAAAAGCUGUCGACUUAGAUGGUUGAACUAUCUCCGACCUGAUGUAAGGAGGGGUAAUAUUACACCCGAAGAACAACUUCUGAUCAUGGAGCUUCAUGCUAAAUGGGGGAACAGAUGGUCAAAAAUAGCAAAACAUUUGCCUGGAAGAACCGAUAACGAGAUAAAGAAUUACUGGAGGACAAGGAUUCAAAAGCAUAUCAAGCAAGCGGAAAACUUUAGUGGGCAAACUUCUUCAGGACAUACGGAUCAAGCAACCACAAGCUCAACACAAACAUGCAAUGCAGUAAAUCCGAUGGAAACGUAUUCCCCACCCUACGACAAUUUUCAGAAUUUUUCAGGUCCAUUUCCCACCGAAACAAAUGAGAACAUGUGGAGUAUGGAGGAUUUAUGGUCCAUGCAGUUACUAAAUAGCGACUAAACCGUUAUACAUUUAAAAAAAGAAAAAACAUACCAGAGUCUUAUAGAUAUAUAUAGUAUACAUUUAUAAACAUAUGAGUCGAAAAAAAAGAGAGUAAAAUCUUUGUUUGACUUGUGUCUUUGUUUAUAUAUAUGGUCAAACGAGAAACAUAAUCAUCUUUAUAUGGUCUUCUGUUUACGGACUCAUGUAUCACUAUAACAGAGUUAUUGAAGUCAUUACAUUUGAUUAUACAAUAAAACCACCGAAUUAGUGUACACUUAUAUCAUGGAAAAUAUUCGAAAAUGAUCUGUUGUUACAGUAGGGUUAUUUCUUGUACAUAUUUUUAGUAGAAAUAAUUGACUAUGUUUGUCUUAAUUCUAUAUAUAUAGAUCAAUACCUAAACCGUAACUUCCAAAUUAUAAUUCAUACUAAAAAUACCAACAUAUGAUUUCCUCUAAUCUUUAUGAUUUGAUUGGUGGAAAAGUACAUGAUUCUUAGUAAAAUCGUUCUCAUCACAUAACCAUUUUUGUUUGUUU